UCCCGCUCGGCGCCUGCAGCUGCAGUGACAGGCGAGCCCGGCCCGGUGGCGGAGAGGAAGUGCGGGGCGCAGCGCCGAGCCCGACCCGCGCAGCGGCUCCCCGGCGGCUCGGUGACAGCGUCGCGGCCGUGGGGCGCAGCCGGGGGCGCCGGGCAGAGCUGAGCGCCAGGCGGAGGCUUCAGCCGAGACGCGGGGAAAAUGGCUGAUGACUUUGGCUUCUUCUCGUCGUCGGAGAGCGGGGCCGCCGAGGCGGCCGAAGAAGACCCGGCGGCCGCUUUCCUGGCCCAGCAAGAAAGCGAGAUCGCAGGCAUAGAGAAUGACGAGGGCUUCGCGGCACCUGCCCGCGGCCAGGUGGCCUCCGCGCAGCCGGGACCCGCCAGUGGAGCUGGCUCUGAGGAUAUGGGGACUACAGUCAAUGGAGAUGUGUUUCAGGAGGCUAAUGGGCCUGCUGAUGGCUACGCUGCGAUUGCCCAGGCUGACAGGCUGACUCAGGAGCCCGAGAGCAUCCGCAAGUGGAGAGAGGAGCAGAAGAAACGACUGCAGGAGCUUGAUGCUGCAUCUAAAGUGACUGAACAGGAGUGGCGGGAGAAGGCCAAAAAGGAUCUGGAGGAGUGGAACCAGCGCCAGAGUGAGCAAGUUGAGAAGAACAAGAUCAACAAUCGGAUCGCUGACAAGGCGUUCUACCAGCAGCCAGAUGCUGAUAUCAUCGGCUACGUGGCAUCUGAGGAGGCUUUCGUGAAGGAAUCCAAGGAGGACACCCCAGGCACAGAAUGGGAGAAGGUGGCCCAGCUGUGUGACUUCAACCCCAAGAGCAGCAAGCAGUGCAAAGAUGUGUCCCGGCUGCGCUCGGUGCUCAUGUCGCUGAAGCAGACACCGCUGUCCCGCUAGAUGCCUGCCAUAAGCAUGGUCUUGAAGCAAGGGCCAUGCUAGGGCAGAGGAGGAUCGGCUGCCAAGGCCAGGCUGGAAAGUGGAAACCCUCUGGCAGCUGCCACACAGUCUAUUCUGUCCCUGUCCAUCUCCCAGGGCUGUCCAGAGGAUCCUCACCCCUCCUGUUCCUCACUCCCUCCUGGCCCCAUGGUCCAGCCCUCAUGCCUUCUCUUGUCCACUCAGUUGUGACUGUCCCUCCUGAUGUAUUUUUUCUUGGCUUAAAGGGUGUGUUGUUAACUCUUUUUACAUUUAUUUAUUAUCAUCCUUAUUUCUCUGGAAGCCAUAACUGGUGUCAGGGUUCAGUUUGUGCUUAGAAACUUCCCAGUUUCAUGGCCUUGAGAAAAGACGAGGUUGUUCCCCAGGAAACCCAAGAGCUCCCAGCCAGAAGUGGCAGCUCCCACCUGUGUCUGCUGCCUCCAUCCUCAGGAGGAAAGACCACCUUUCACAGGACACUUUUGCAACCUUGAUCCUUACUGACCCUGAAACCACUGAGGUAGGGUUUCUGGUAGACUCACAUGUAAGUAGGGCACCAACGCUUCUA